GUUUUGUCAGCGUUCCAGGUUUCCACGAACCAGGAAGGAUUGAUCGUGGCCACACUUGAGCCUGAGGACCUUCAGGAGAACAUCACAGCUUACGCGGUACAGAUCUCAGGAGAACCUCGCCUGGUCUUGGUUCCUUUCGUCAACACCAGUGAGCCUUUGCUGUUCAACGCUUCGUUCCAUGGCCUCUGCUACACAGUGGGGCUGGUGGUCAAACUGGGACAGAGCUGGUCCAGGCCCACAAAGAGUGUUUCGAUUGCCUCAGAACCACUUCCUGUCCGCGCUGCUUACAUAUCGGACUACAAGGAGGCGCCAGAGACUGGCGUGGUGUUCGACAUCGACCCGCCGAUCAGAACGGUCUUCAGCCGAGUGAACAUCAGCUACACUGAAGGACAGGAACGUCGCUACAUGCUCUAUAAAGAUUUCUACAAAGGGAAGACGGUGUUCAAACACUGGUUACCGGGAAUGUGUUACCGGAACAUCACCUUCCAGCUCAUCUCUGAGGCCACCGUGUUCCAGACAGCGCUGGUCACCCACAGCGACAUCACUCACACACCACUGCAUCACCGCACAGUGCCCAAUCCCCCCCUCAACAUCUCCCAUAGGAUCAUCGCCCUGAGCCAGAGGACCUCAGGUCAGGUUGGUCACAUGGACAGAGGCCAGAGGUCCUCUCGCCAGGCCCGGGACGUCCCGCUUCUGGAGGAGCACCAGGAACUGCUUUUGGAGGAAGAGGAAACAACAUCUCAAGUUCCUACCAACACAACUCAAAACCUGGGAGAAAGUGAGCCUGUCAACGUAAACGCGAACCUGACAGAGGAGGCGGAGUCUCCGAGUUACUGGCUCGACCCAACGGAGAUAUCACCAGCUGACAGGGAUGAGGAAUUCGUUAACGCGGUGGUGUCUGAGUACGAGGACUCCAACGAGCCAGGGUCAGCCAUGGCGGUCCCUGUCGAGGUCCCCGUUCUGCCCACCAAGUUGCCUCCCAUCUUGCUCGAGCUACGCUGGCUUCCUCCCAGACCUCCAACCUCCUUUGAUGGCUUCUUCAUCUACAUCUACAAAGAUGGGAACUCCACAGAGACGGCGUCUGUGGACGAGAACACGCAUGAGUUCUUCACCGAGCUGACGGAACCAGGAACGUACCGAGUGCAGGUCACCACGCUGAGUAAUUCUGGAGACUGUGAGGCUCGGGAGAGCAGCGCCGACACCGGCUUCACCUUCUACCUCAGUCCCAGCGGCGAGCUGCUGGAGGAGCUGCAGGAACGUCCUCAGGGUGUCAGCGUCAGACUGCUGGACUCCAGCACCGCCGCCGUCUCCUGGUCUCCAUCCUCUGAGAACCAUAAUGGCAGCCUGGUGUCAGUGGUUUCAACCACCUGCCUGAAACCCAGCCUCAGCCAGAGGAUGGAGAAUGCCUACUGCAGCGAGGAAAACACAACUAGUGACAUCAUCAGCAACCUGACACCUGGUGCUCAGUACAGAGUGGUCGUUUAUCACACCAACGGUCCUCUGAUCAGUCCUCCAUCCGAACCCGUCAUCAUCGACAUCGAGCCCACAGGUGUACGAGAGCUGACCGUUUAUCCUUUGAGUCCAACAGCCGUGAUCCUCAGCUGGCAGCGCCCAUACCAUGUGGCCUUCAGAAAGUACAUCCUGCAGACCUUCUUUUUUAAUCCUGUCACACUGGCAUCUGAGUGGACAACGUACUACGAGAUUGCUGCCACUGCUUCUGUGAUCGCCACCGUGAGGGUCACUGACCUGCUGCCUGCCUGGUAUUAUAACUUCAGAGUCUCCAUGGUAACAUGGGGGGAUCCUCCGCUCACCUGCUGCGAUGGCUCAACAGUCAACUUUGUGACAGCUCCUGAAGCUCCUCACAUCUCCUCAGUGGAUUACCAUCAGGGGGUUCUGUUCGUCCGCUGGACGUACGGCGAGCUCUUCAUCGACCUGUCUCACUCCAGGAUGCUGCACUGGCAGGUGGUGGCUGUGGGAAAGAAGGGACCUGAGAAGAUCUACUCGGUGGAUGUGACCCGUAACGCCAUGCGGGCCAGCCUCCCGCUGCCUCCAGGAGACAUCUACAACCUGACGGUGACGGCGUGCACAGAGCGGAGCAGGAACACGUCUGUUCCUAACAUCAUCAAGCUGGAGCCGGCUCCUCCCCGCUCGCUGUUCGCCGUCAACACCACACACUCGUCUGUGACUCUGCUGUGGACCGAGGAGGGGGUGGUGGACUACUACCAGGUUCUCUGCAGACCCAACGGCCCUGGCAAGGAGUUGAAGGCCACCGAGCCGAUCACGUCCACCUCUCACGUCCUGACGGUCUCUGGUCUGGUUCCGUCGUCCAGCUACAACUGCACCGUGACCAGCUUCAGCUACAGCACGCCGAGUCGCCCGGCUCGGAUCACCGUCAGCACUGCGGCCAAAGAGAUGAACCCGAGCAUGGCGGCCAUUUCGGCUCUGGCCAUCCUCAGUAUCCUCCUCAUCAGCCUGCUGGUUCUCUUCCUGUUGGUCCUCCGCAAGAAGCACCUGCAGAUGACCAGAGACUGCGGCGCUGAAACCUUCGUUAACUUUGCCUCGUUUGAGCGAGAUGGGAAGCUUCCCUACAACUGGCGAAGAAGCCUCUUUGCCUUCCUUACCCUCCUGCCAUCCUGCCUUUGGACUGACUAUCUUUUGGCUUUUUAUAUUAAUCCGUGGAGCAAGACGGCUUUAAAGAAACGGAAGCUAACAAGCCCUGUGCAGCUGGACGACUUUGAGGCCUUCUACAAGGACAUGAGCAAGGACUCGGCCUACAAGUUCUCUCUGCAGUUUGAGGAGCUGAAGAGCGUCGGCCUGGACGUGUCCCACGACGCUGCAGACCUGCCCAUCAACCGGCCCAAGAACCGAUACACCAACAUCCUGCCCUAUGACUUCAGCCGAGUGAAGCUGAUCUCCAUGCACAACGACGAAGGGGCCGACUACAUCAACGCCAACUACAUCCCAGUGAGUAUCCGUUCAGAACCAGAACCCCCACAGCCUCGCGUUCAUAAGGAGAAGGUCAUUAAUAGCAGAUUGAUCUUUUUUCUGUCGUGUUUCCAGGUGAAAUGCGAUCAUUACUGGCCGUUCACAGACGAGCCGGUGAUGUACGGCGACAUCAGCGUGGAGAUGCUUUCUGAGGAAGGCUCUCCGGAGUGGAUCAUCCGGAAGUUUCGACUCGGAUACGCGGACGAGACUCUGGACGUCCUCCAUCUGAACUACACCUCGUGGCCGGAUCACGGCGUUCCCACCGUCAACGCCAUCGAGAGCAUCCUGCAGUUUGUGCACAUCGUACGGCAGCAGGCUAACAGGACCAAAGAUCCAAUCGUCGUCCAUUGCAGCGCCGGCGUCGGCAGAACCGGGACCUUCAUCGCUCUGGAUCGCCUCAUGCAGCACAUCCGAGAGCACGAGUUCGUGGACAUCCUGGGCAUGGUGUCGGAGAUGAGAUCCCAUCGACUCUCCAUGGUCCAGACUGAGGAGCAGUACGUCUUCAUCCACCAGUGCGUCCUCCUGAUGUGGCAGAAGAAGAAACAGCAGUCCAUCACCUCUGAUGUCAUUUACGAAAACGCCAGCAAGACAUAAUGAGACGCCUCCAGACGCUGUGAACUCUCCAGCACCGGCUGUGCUUCAGGCAUCCAUUCUCUGUAGAAGUCGACCCGCUUCAUCAUCAGAAUCAGCAACAGGACAGAGAAAACUUUUCAUUUGAGUUGAUGGAGUUCUGCCUUAAGGAGCUUUCACUGACUGACCUUCGAUGUUGGACUGAAAACCCAUCCAGGCUGUUCUGCAGCUUCCACCAAACUCCUCUGUGGGUUUCAGGCCGGCGAGUUUUUCCAUUAAAUCUAGUUUUUUUUUUCCGUUUUUUUUUUAUCUCAGGAUUUGCUGGAAAAACAGCGAGCACACUGGCCUCUUUUCUUUGGUCCGGUUUUGGUUCUGCUUCACUCACUGUUGGCAGAGAGCAGCUCAUAGGACGUAGAUGAUGUUGAUUGUACACUGCCGUUAGAACUGAUCCCAGAACCGACUGCCAGGCUCAACAGAACCGACCCGAACCAAGCAGUGAACCAGCAGGAGAACUCAUUAGAUCAAACCCAGCCCAGAGAUCUGGGCCAGAACCCCCAACAAAGGAUCAGCUGUCUGGAUGUUUGCUGGGAACUGGAAGGUACCGGUUGGUUUCAGACAGUUCAGACGGAACGCUGCGGUUUAAAUUUGGUCUUGGAGCGGCUGCUGGGAAGGACCGACACCGGACCGGACGGCGAGACGCCGAACCAGAUGGACAUCAGGGAGGAGGAACGUCUGAAGAUCAGCUGCUGAAACAACAAACAUCCAGAACCACAGAUCAGUCCAUUUCAUCGGAAGCGGCGCCGAAGCAAAAGCUGAAAGGGACGAAGGUUUGAUGAGGAGCUGCUGUCGUUUAACAGACUGAAGGUUCAGUCCGGAUCCUGCUGCUACUUAUUUACCCGAACGGAACCGUCUGCCGGGUUUUCCACAUCCUGGUUACAUGAAUUAAAUCCCAGCACCAAUUAACCUUUCCCUCUUUUAGUUCCACUUACCUGAUUCAAAUCUCCAAAAGUCAUUUAACCUGAAAAAAAAGUCCAACUCAGUGAUCGGCUGUUAGCUAACCACACUUUCUUCAACCUUUUUUUUUUAGGAAUUAGACCUGAAAACCUGUUUGCUCUUUACCACCUUAAGAUUCCUGAUUUAAGGUGGUCCAGAGGAAAACUUUAUGAACAUUUGAGGGAUCAGGAAACGUCUUCAAUCCAAAAUCUCGAGCUGCUGUUCUCAUCCUGAACUCUAGAUGGCAGUAAAGGAUUUAAAUUUGGCUGCAUUCAUCACUGAAAUGUUUGUCUUAUAAAUUUGCAAAACAAAUCAGAAAAAUAUAUAUUUUUAAAUUCAUGGUAUAAA